AUGUCGACUAGCGACUUUUCAUCCCCUGCACUUUCGGCUAGCACAGGCGGCAAAGUGGAGGACGACGACCGUGCCAUUGCAGUAAUUCCUGCCAGCACACCACCCCCCGCUGAGAUCAUCACUCAAGCCAGCCGACUGCCCACACGCCUGGACACGAGGCUGCCCCGGAUUGAAAAGCUGUGGGAUUUCGAGGAUUGGAGUUUCUGGAUUCGGAGAGUGAAAUGCGCAUUGGAGUUACUGGACCUAACCGACCUUGUCGAUCUAUCCAUCUCUCGGCCAGCUCCCGAUGACCGCGACUAUGAGAAAUGGCGGAGAGCAGCAAAAGCCGUGCGAUUCUGGUUGCUCAACAACAUUUCCAAAGACAUUUUUAUGAAAGUCAUGGACUCGCCCAAGCCCAACACGUGGCCUGACGACCUGCUGAAACUGAUUAAAUCAGUGGUAUUAUCUGACCCUCGCGAGAUCAUGGAUAGGGUGGUCGAAAUCUCGCGUUCAGAUUUUGGAUCGAUCCCGGAAUUUGUGAAGGCACUGCAGGACAGAGUGAGGCUUUCGAUUGAUGCGGAUGUGGCCGUUUCACCCUACCGAGCCUGUCGCAUACUGCUCGAUGGGAUCAACGACGAAAUGCCUGACUAUGCAGAGGCCGCCCUCGUGGAACUCCAUUCCGAGGAUGAUGAAGUGGAUGACUUGUCUUGGGCAAGAUUCACGAAACUAUGUCGUUCAACGCUUAGGAUUAUGAAAAUGAUGGGGUUGACGCCUGUGGCUUCUAAAUCUUCCUCGAAAGCAUCAUCGAGGAGGGCGAAAAAGUUCAAUUGA